CGGUCACCCAGCAUCCAUCAAGCAGAACGGCAGAACAAGCAGGACAAGCAGGACGGCGAGGUGGGCGUCGCGAUCCGGUCUUUGACUGAGCGCCUCGCAGAGGCAGAGAGCAAGCAAGAUCGCCGAGCUGUAAGCUGGGGUGACUUCCAGUGCGUCCUCUUCCUGUGCGUCCUCUUGACUUGCUGCACCGUUCUCUGUGGGUGGUGCCUGUGCGGCCGGAACCUGUUCUUCUGUGGCUGGAGCCAUGGUUAGUUGCUUAGUCUUGGCCUGUGCAGAUGGACAAAUGGGAGCAAGCCGCCGCAAGCAUUCUCUCCAGUCUCAGCGUCACGUCCGAGUGACUAGCUUCGCUUUUCACCACACCAUAGAAUACUCUGACACUGCCGGCCUAAUCUUGCAGGGUGGAAGCUGGCUACCAGCAACUUGAGCUGGUUAGGUGGUGGAGGGCAGCUCCACAGCCUUGGGCAUCAGAAACUGUGCGCAGCCUGCUCGAUCUGGGGUCACCAGCAUCAAGUUACCGCACGUUGAGCUGCCAAAGUUGAGCUCCAGUACACUUAACUUCAAGCCGUCGGCAUUAUAGGAGCAGCGCCAUCAAAAUAGCUGGCGAAGAGCACCACCACUGAAGCUGCAAUUAAGAGCUGCGGGGCAAUGGCUUCCAACCUGCGUUUCCAUUGGGAAAGCGGCUCAUCUGCUUCUGACGAAACCCAAGGCGAGGACAUUGAAGGUGUUGAGUACGCUGAUCGGUCUGUUGACGGGUCCAAGUCUGGACGUUCUCUAGAGGAUUUCUUGAAUGACGGAGACUCCGCAAGCAUUCAAGGCCCGAACUUCUACCGGGCUCUCACAAAUGAAAACAGUCUCAGCCCAGCUCAACUGCCGAAACGUCUUGAGAAGAGCAGGAAGAGCCGCGCUCCGGGGUUCUCACCUACCUCUCCGUUCCCUUGGACCUCUGGCAGCGCUUUCAAGAAGGGAUUCGGCACACCACCACCGUGCAUACGCAAGAUGGCUCCGUCUCGCCGCCCCUUAGUUGAGCAGCAGCACGGCGGUGUGGGCAAGAGGUUGUCAGGCGAAGAUUCUCUCGAAGAGGACCUCAGCCCCAUGAUAUUGACAGGGCAAGCGCUUGACAGGAAGCGUGGCCGCAUCAUCUUCUCGCAAGACUCUGAGGGAGAGCAUCUGCUGUCCCCACGACUGCUUCCAGAGGAAGUGGCCCCUCAAGACGGAUUCGCAGCGCGUGCUCUCGGAUGCAGCCAGGAGCAGACAGUUGUCGACGAGCAAGGCCAGGUACAUCAUUUGCUCGACUAUGCAUAGUACUUAUUAAGGUUUUAGCAGGGUCGUGAAGUUCAGGUUAAUGGCAACGGUUGCUUCAAACGUCCGAUGCUUGUUCCUGAAGAAUGAUACAUUCACUAAUGGAGUGAGGCAAUCAGACCUUUUCCAUCGACUUUCAGCUUCUAAGUAGCCUCCGAUGCAGGAUUCGUGAGUUCUCAAUAAUAUUCAAACUCGGCAGUAUCAGAUAUGAAUCAGACCGUCGUGUCCGAAGCUCCGAAUCAAUGAAUCGAGAUGACUAACUAGUAUGAAGCCUUAUGCAAGUGGGCCACCC